CAACAAUCAUUUUUUUGUGGCCUGACGAAUCAUGUUAUUUAUAUUGAUUUUUCCUUAGGUCUAAAUUAUUAAACGGUGUGAAUCAAUAUGUUUUUGAUAAACUGGUUUAAGGGCAAUAAUAAAGAGGAUUGCAUAUUUUGUAAAAUAAUAUCUGGGGAAGCACCUUGUACAAAAUAUUAUGAAGAUGAAGAGUGUUUAGUUUUUAAAGACAUUAAACCAGCAUCAACUCACCAUCUUUUGGCAAUUCCUAAAAUGCACAUCAAAAAUAUUGAUAGUCUUACAAAAAAAGAUAUUCCUUUAGUGCAAAAAAUGGUCGAAUGUAGUAAAAAGGCAUUAAAGGAUUUACAAGGAGAUAUGGAAAAAGUAUUAUUAGGAUUUCAUUGUCCACCAUUCAAUUCAGUGCCACAUUUACAUUUGCACAUUAUCAGUCCAAUUGAUCAAAUGUCCUACUUGAAUAAAUUGGUCUACAAACCUGAAUUACAAUGGUUUUGUACUGCUGAAGAUGUUAUUGCCAAACUGGAGAACAGCUGAUAGUAAAUAUUUGUUUUGGAAACUUCAGCAACACUGCCAUUUUAAAUUGAAAAGCACAAUUGUGAAUAUCUAUUAUAAUAAAAAUUUAUCUCGUA